GAUAAUAAUAAUAAUAAAGGAUAAUGCGCGAUGCCCGUUCUUUCUGUCCUCCGUCGAGCGAUCACCUCAAGUCUGCAGCGCGAUAGAAUGUGUCUCUAAAGAAAUGCAACGUAAUUAUCUGUUGCCUUUCUUGAUGUACGUGGUGCGGUGGUCUACGUUCCAAUUUUAUUAAUAUAUAUAUAUAUAUAUAAAUUUAUUUAGGUACUUCUGAUGAGAAGCAUCAUACUGUUCUGUUUGAUUGAUCCGGAGUGUUAAAGGAAGCAAGCCUUCCUUCUUUUCUCUCUCUUUCUCUUUAAUGCAGCAUUCAUACAGUUCUAUUUUGGAGGUUUCAUGCUGAUGCUGCUGUGUGUGUGCGUCUGUGGGUAUAGUGCCGUUUUUUCCUCUCUGUGGUGGCGCUUUCUUGUGUUGUAAUCUGUAUUAAGAUAUUUAUUUAUUUGUGUGCUUUCAUGGCGAUUCGUCGUCUCACUAAGAAGGAUUAUUUAUCUAUGUUUCUCUCAACGUCGUGUGCGCGUGGGUGUGUUGGAUUGGAGCUUUCAUCGCUUCGGGUCAUAACUGAAGCCGAUCAGCGUGUCCGGGGGUUUUCCCUCCCUUUUAUGAGUUUGAAUGCGAGUUGGUAAAGGCAGCUUUUGCUGCGCCGCGUUGUGAGAGGCGUUGAGGCCUUCCUUGCGAAGAAAAAGAAAGAGAUCUACAUAAGCAAUCACCAACGUAAACGGAAGCACCAGCGUGGGCGCCUUUUUUAAGGAGAGAAAGCGCCGACACGCCAUGGCGAGCCCCUGAACAAGGGAGAGUAGUGACUGGGGUUUUCUUGAUGCGGCAACCGCCUCGUCGCGGUGCCGUUCUAUCGCUACGUGGGGGAUGACCGUGCACGAAUAACAAAAGCCUCCUGUUGCUCUGCGGGGCUUUCAUCCGCUUGAUGCUUCUUGUCUGCACUGCGAUACACGGAAUUGCGGACAUUGGCAUAAUAAAUAAUAAAUGCCCCCUCCAUGCUUGUUGCUGUAUUCCACACGCUAAAGCUGUUUUUUUUUCCUCAACGGACUCGCUUUCAUCUUUCUCCUCCUUAUUGGUAAUAAACAACCCGGACAAAAAUAAAUACGCCUUCACCUUUAUUAAUAGGUUUUCCCAGCAAUCGUCCACCUCCUCACAUUUCUGUGUCGCCCUCCCCCCUCCCCCCCCGCCCACGAAACAACCUCUACUGUUUCUUUCUUUAUUAUUGUCGGUGCUACUUCGCUCACCGGAGCGUGCGUCACUGCCACUCUCCCCUGACCGUCAACGCUGUCUUCGUGCGCGCGUGUGCGUGUGUGUGCGUGUUUGAUUGUACGACGUCGAAGGUCAACCGUACGUCCUGCGUCAACAAGUUCCAUCCAGACUGCGUUGGUGACUCACAUCCUUCCGUCUUUACAGCUAUUGCUUCGAUUACCUCGACCGUUCCCCCUCCCCCCUCCUUUAUCCUAAUGGCCAAGGUUGGAGAAGGUGACCCGCGCUGGAUCGUCAGCGAGCGCACCGACGGCGCCAACGUGAACUCAUGGCACUGGGAGGAGCGCGACCUCUCUCAGCACACCCACGAGCAGCUGAAGGGCGUCUUCGCCAACCGCGACAUCCCCAUCCCGCAGAACCUGUCGAGCGCUGUCGAGUACCUCAAAAUCGAGGAGGUGAGCGAGAUCGCAGGCGACGUGACGGUGGCGCAGCGGAAAGGCAAGAUGAUGUGCUACUUUGAGCUGAAACUGCAGCUCCGCUGGGCCGGCAAGAUGAAGGGCGAUGACACGGUCAUCCGCGGGAAAAUGGACGUCGCCGAGGUCGACCACGAUGAGUUCAAAAACGACUACGAUAUCACCGUCACGUGCCAGGAGAACAGCCAGAAUGCGCAGACGCUGGAGGCGGUCGUGCGGGAGGCCGGCCGUGCGACGGUGCGCCAGGAGAUCGAGAAGUACUUUGCGAAGGUCUUCGAGGACUACCACAUCGGCAAGCAGCUGAAGAGCGGGGCGGCGAUGCCUCCGCCGCCCACGACGACCGCCGCUACUGCCUCCAACGCCGCGUCCACUGCAGGCCGCAAACCAGCCCCGUCGGACAAGUCUGGCAGCGUCGCAAAAAGCACCGAGGCGACGUCGUUUUCGUGGAAGAUGCGCUGGGGGGUGCCGAUGGAGGAGCUGUACGCCACGCUGACCGACGCGCGCCGUGCCAGCGCCUACACGCGCAGCGCCGCCACCAUGGACGUGAAGGCGGGUGGUCAGUUCAGCUUCCUCGGCGGUGUCAUCAGUGGCUACUACGUCGACGUGCAGCCGCCCGCGGUGCUGAAGCAGCAGUGGCGCCUCGGCAGCUGGCCCGUCGGCGUGCACAGCUCGGUGGUGCUGCAGCUCGAGAAGGAGGAGCCGGGCGUGACGGUGCUGCACUUUGCGCAGUCCGGCAUUCCGGCCGGCCAGCUGCAGAGCGUGCAGGAGGGCUGGCGUGCGAACUUCUUUGACGCGAUCAAGGUGGUCUUUGGCUACUCGCUGGAGUACCUGUAG